UGACUCUCCAUCUCAGUGUGGUAAGUCCACAGCUUCUGUGUCUCCUCAGUUUCUUAGCAGUGCUUUUGUCAAGUGCUUCUUACGCUGGGAACUCUGACACUCUUCUCAUAGUGCCUCAUAAGUCUGCGUGUGAUCAUAUAUUUUUUUUUCAGAAAUAUGGAAAGAAUGGAUAUUUAAACUUCUAGGCAUGAUGUUCUGAGCUUUCCAAUGCAAUUUUAUGCUUUGCGCUCUCGGUGACUUUCUGUCUGCUUUCUGUGAGGGAGUUUUACUCCACCCUCUGGCUCAGCUGGUCUCAUGCAGGAAGAGGAGGUGGUUUACACCAGCAUUUCAAGUGAAUAUUGUACUUUUGCUCUGGCUGGCUGAUGCGACGCGGAGUGUAUCCUCGGGCAUAUGCUCCAAAUGCAAAACAUUCACAAAGGAUUUGUGUUCCAUUUCUCUUAUGACCUUGCAUCUGCCUAUUCUCACAGCUUCAUCUCCUGAACCAAAGGAUGUCCUGCUCCAGCCUGUGUGCCCCUGCCUGCGGUGUGGCCGCCCCGGCCCCGCUGGCUGACAGCUACAACGAGGCCUGCGUGCGCCAGUGCCCCGACUCCACUGUGCUGAUCCAACCCCCGGCCACCAUGGUCACCAUGCCCGGGCCCAUCCUCAGCUCCUUCCCGCAGAACGCUGUAGUUGGCUCAGCAGGAGUCCCCGCCAUCGGAGCAGGCCUGGGUGGCAGCUUUGGACGCAGUGCCGGCUUUGGAGGCCUGGGAGGCUAUGGAGGCUCUUAUGGCCUUGGCAGCAUUGGGGGCUAUGGAGGUUUUGGCAGCUGUGGUUUCGGUGGCUUUCGCCGAGGCUACAGUUCCAUUGGGGGCAGCUGCGGGCCCUGCUAAACCCCAAAUAUCCACACAGUGCAGUGCUGCAUCUGCUGAGUCUUCACAGAUACCUCCUCAUCUCUUCUACCACCAGAUGCAGCUUUCCAUCCCUCUUUUGGCUGCGCCAAAGCAGUCACUUUAAUUUACUGCUCCUUGCUUUUUACUCAGUGCAGCCUUUCAAAUCUGCACUAGAGGGCUCAGGGUUUCCAUCAUUGCCUCCACAAGUUCCCCUCUACUUAUAUAUAUACUUAUAUACUCCCACUCUGACCAGC